AGCUGAAUUCUGAGCUGGGGCACUUUACCGUGAGGCUGCAAAUCAAGCAGAUGUGCUUGCUGUGAAUUGCUACAGUGUCUGGACUUUUUUAUACCAAAGGUGAUAACACCUUCCUUCUUCUGUGAUUUUUUUUCAUUCUUUUAUAUUGUGUGUGUUCUCUGUAAAGGGAAUGAAAUGGAGAAGUUGAAGAAAUAUGCAUUGCUGAAAGAUGAAGAUCAGUUUUAUCAUGAGGGAGCUGUGGAGUUGCUAGUCUUUAACUUUCUGCUCAUUCUUACAAUAUUAACAAUUUGGUUGUUUAAAAACCACCGCUUCCGCUUUCUGCAUGAAACUGGAGGAGCUAUGGUUUAUGGCCUUGUAAUGGGAUUAAUUAUACGAUAUGCAACAAAAACAUCAGAUGUUGAAAACGGAACUGUUUAUGAAUGUGAAAAGCUGAAAUCUGGGCCAUCCAGUCUACUUAUUAAUAUAACUAAUCAGGUCUAUGAAUACCAAUACAAAAGAGAGAUCAAUAAUCACAAUGUCAAUGGUCACCAGGGCAAUGCAAUGCUUCAAAAGAUGACAUUUGAUCCUUCCAUUUUCUUCAAUAUUUUGCUGCCACCUAUUAUAUUUCAUGCUGGAUAUAGUUUAAAGAAGGUAAGUGCCUCUGUCUUAAAUUACAGAAAUGGCUUAGUGUGACUGCUACUUUUUAGA